AUGGUGAAAGAGAUUCUCAGCUCCACAGAGAUGUGCCCGGUGAACGUCCUGCCGAUUCCCCCAGUGCAUCUCCACGUAGUCCAUAGAUCGAGUGGCCUCCGUCCGAUUUCCUCCCUCCGACGAACUCGUCAUCAACUCCGACUCCGAGCCACCGCCGCCGCCGCCGCCGGAAUCCGCGCGCUGUUCUGGUGGUCGAAGAAGUCUCUGGAGCCUCGCGAGACCGUCGAUCUUUCCCUCGGCUAUUAUGCUCUGACGGCGCCGGGCGCCGAGGAUGUCGCGGCGGCGGAGUCGAGGCCGAAGCACAUAUCACCCUCGGUUGUUAAUUCCAUCUCCGAGGUUUCGGCGGAUGAUUGGGAUGCGUGUGCUCUUGAUGCUACUGGCCCUGUGAAGCAUAAUCCGUUUCUCUCGCACGGGUUCCUUUCGAGUUUGGAGGAGUCUAAUUCUGCUGUGAAGGAAACAGGAUGGAUGCCGCGGCACAUUGGUGCUAAGGAUGAAUCUGGGACUGUUAUAGGUGUUGUUCCACUUUAUCUGAAAAGGUUUAUCCUCUUCUUUGUUCUCAGGAUUAGAUUUAUUUUCUCUGAAACUUCAAAUAGAUAG